AAGAAAAUCAGCAUGGCGUAAGGCAGUGGCCACCUUCAAUGUUUCUGCAGAAAGAAAAACAAAAUAAAUGCCGCUUUUUGUGUAUUCGCCUGUGCAAUCUUCUCGGACAAACCAGGCUGUAGUUAUCGGUCGUUCGUAGAAAUCUCAUCACACUUGGACUGACCAUGGAACACAUAAUUCAUCGGGUUUGGCGGAGACCCUUUACCCACUUCCCCAGGACGCUGAUCCUUCCAAAGAGGAACCAUUCAGGCCGUGCCGAGCAUACGCCCUGCACUCCGUCGGCACGGCCGAAGCCCGCGCUCCUCAUGUCCCGUCUCUACCAGUCUUCAAACCUGUGUGAUGUGGGACAGGACGGCCGGCUCUCUGCGGAGAUGACGUGCAAGAGCCAGAGGCUCAUGCAGCAGGCCGGCCUCAUCCAUCCAUCCAACCCAGGGUGCUACUACUACCUUCCUGCCACCGUUCGCUCCAUGGAGAAGCUGGUGAGAGUGAUCGACCAGGAGAUGCAGGGGAUUGGUGGGCAGAAGCUUGACAUGCCCAGUUUGUGCUCAGCUGAUCUCUGGAGGUUAACUGGUCGCUGGGACCUGAUGGGAAAGGAGCUGUUUCGUCUGACAGAUCGGCAUGGAGGCGACUACUGCCUUGGUCCCACUCACGAGGAGGCGGUGACGACUCUCGUCACUCACCAGAUCUUCUCCUACAAACAGUUGCCCCUGCUUCUUUACCAAAUCACCCGCAAAUUCAGAGAUGAGCCGAAGCCGAAGUUCGGUCUUCUUCGAGGGAGGGAGUUUUACAUGAAGGACAUGUACUCGUUUGAUGUGUCUGAAGAAGCAGCACAUCAGACAUAUGAAUCUGUGUGCCAAGCGUAUAAGCAGCUCUUCGCCCGGCUGGGCCUGCCUUGCGUUCAAGUGCAGGCAGACACAGGAAACAUCGGCGGCACGCUCUCCCAUGAGUUCCAGUUACCAGCAGAUGCCGGAGAGGACAGGCUACUGUUGUGCGGGAACUGUUCCUUCUCUGCUAACGUAGAGACCGUCUCAUCAGACGGAACCGACUGUCCACAGUGCAAAACUGGCACACUGGUAGAAUCGAAGGGUAUAGAAGUAGGUCACACCUUUUACCUGAGUAAAAAGUACUCCGAAAUAUUCAAAGCAGAGUUUAGAGAUGCCCAGAACAAGAUAGUUGUUACUGAGAUGGGCUGCUAUGGUCUUGGGGUUACCCGAAUUCUUGCUGCAGCCAUCGAGGUGAUGUCAACAGAAGAGGAGAUCCGCUGGCCGGGUCUUAUUGCCCCUUACCAGGUUUGUGUUAUACCCCCCAAGAAGGGUAGUAAGGUGGACGAAGGAACGGCCCUAGGGGAAGAACUUGUUCAUGCCCUGGGAGAGACUCUGCCCCAUAUGAAAGGUGAAGUUGUCUUUGAUGAUCGUACACAGAUGACCAUUGGAAAGAGGUUGAAGGAUGCCAGCAAACUGGGCUAUCCAUACGUUAUCGUAGUAGGACAGGGAGCUCUAGAGGAAACGCCCAAGUUUGAGGUGAUCUGUCAGCAAACAGGUGAGACAGUGUUUCUCAGCAAAGACGGACUGCUAGAUCUACUGGGAAGAGUGGAAACUGUGUGACUCUGAAUGUGGAAAUAAAAAGAUAAAUAGAUUCUGUUCUGUGUAUAAGGUGGUGGACAAAUAUGAAAUUGGAUUUGUUGAAACUUGUUUUUUUUUUUGUUUUUUUUUUCACAAUAAACCUGGGAUAUUUAAA